AUGGCAUCGGCAGCUGUCGCCCAGUCUGCUCACUAUCUCUCCUCUACAAGCUCUCUACAAGGUGCUCACGCACCUACCGAAACCGCUGUGGACGACAGUAAGGACGCCUUCUAUGAUGAACUCAAUGCGUUGAUGUCUAAAAUACCAAGCCAGCAGGUGGUCAUUGUUGGAAUCGACGCAAAUGCGAAGAUGGGACUCGAACAGCAAUCCGAUGUGCUAGGAAAAUGGUACUAUGCAGCGGAGCGCACGUCGGACAACGGUGACCGUCUGCUCGACCACGUUCUGGAGAGGAACAUUCCUCAGUCAGAUAUCGGAAAAUCUAGAGCUGUUUGGGACGUCGCGUUCGACACUGGCCACCGUCCAGUUCUUCUCAGUUUCAAGAUACGAUUCCACAAAAGAAACCGAGAUCCCCUUCAACUGAAAAUCGACGUGGCAGGUCUGAAAGACGAAGAAUGCAGAACGGAACUCCGCCAACGUGUGUCUAUUCAUGUUGGAGUACGGACCAAGAAGAAGCUUAGCGAUGGGGAUUCCUUCACAAAGUGCAUCCAGGACGCUGCAAGGGAAACGCUCCCGGUUCUAUUGCCGCAGAAGAGAAGGAAGCUGCGUCGUCAACUGCAACAAGACCGUGAUAACGAGUGGACGUCAAGAGCGAUGGAGUUUGAGAAGGCGUGGGAGUACAGGAACCUGCGGAGGGCCUAUGGUCUACUAAAACAGUAUAGCGACAAAUUGAGCAACCCUUCCAAUUUGGAGAGAACACUUCAAGACCUUGCUGAACCGGCUAGCACCGUCAGAUCCUGA